UGCUAGAUCGCUCCCCAGUGUCGAGUGUCUCUCCUUCGUCCUCCCUUGCGGGAGUAGCACAAAUGGAGACGAUCAAGCCGCGGGCGACUCUUGUCCUGUGCUCUGGAGUUUUCUUGCUCUUGAUCUCCCUGUUCCUGAUCCAGGUUGCUGCCGACGAUGACGCGACUCUCGACUGCGAUAGCCAAGUGAAUGGUCUCGCCGGGAAUUGCAUGACUGCCGUGCUCAUUGGAACCAAACCGUCAUCCAAGUGCUGCAAGUUCGUGAGGGCCGCCCAGCUCGACUGCCUCUGUCCCAAGAUUACCAAAGAUGUCACCAAAAUGCUCACUGAGCGUCUGCUCAACACCGCUCUUAAAAUCGCAAAGCAGUGCAACUGGGAGCUGCCUCACAACUAUCAGUGCGGAAGCUACACUUUUCCCUGAGAAAAGAGAAGUUCAUGAUUCAGGCAUGCUUGUAGCAAAUCCUUUAAAAAGCUUACAGUAAGAAUUCUCCGGUUAAUUAUCCGCAUUGUUGUGCUUUGAAUGUAGAGGUUCCCACUAACAACGAACAGCAUUACAUAAUCCUUUAGUUGCCGUAGCAAAGGAAAAGGGCGAGCUUAUACAUAACCCAGCAACAAAGGAUGUUCAGGCAUCUGCUUUAGUUCAUAGAGAACUUGUUUGCCUCUUGUAAGCUUCUCAAUUGCAUGGACUGUUUCCAGUGAACUUCAUCUCAA